AUGGUAAGAGCAGCUGGGUUAUGGAUAAUUGAUGACUUUGACCAAGAGGUUGUACGACGGACGGUCCACAAGUAUUAUGAUAAAGGUGAGUUUCCUACAUCCAUAAAAAUUUUAUCUAAAUUUCAAGAAAAAACUGACUACAAAGGUUCUAAAACGUCGAUGUGGAGAAUUUUGAAGUCAUUGAAAUUUAGGUACAAAAAAUGCAAUGACGGCCGUCGAUUUCUGAUGGAGAGAAACGAUAUUGUCGCUAUGCGUGUACGGUUUUWGAGACAAAUGGUUAAUCUCCGUAAAAACAAUGAUGUUCGACCAGUUGUCUAUUUAGACGAAACAUGGGUGAACCAAAAUCAUACACGGAAUUACAUUUGGCAAAAUUCGGAGGGUAAAGAAGGAUUUAAAGUACCGACAGGCAAGGGAGAUCGGAUUAUUAUUUGCCACGCUGGUUCGAGUUCAUUUGGGUUUGUGAAUAAUUCAAAAUUAGUAUUUCGCUGUAAAUCGGGUCCAUCUGAAAACUAUCACUCCCAUAUGAACUCUGAUAUAUUUAAAGACUGGUUCAUACAAAUGCUCAACAAUUUGGAAGAGCCAUGUGUCAUAAUUAUGGAUAAUGCAUCAUACCACUCUAGUCUUGUUGAUAAUUAUCCAAAGAGUAAUGAAAAAAAAAUCAAUGUCCAAAAAUGGCUACAAGAAAAGGGAGUUCAGUUUUCACCCUUGGAAACGUUGCCGGAGUUACGAGAGCGAGUCAAGCAGUUAAUACCACAUGAAAAAAAAUAUGAGCUGGAUMAGAUUGCGUUGUCAAUAGGUCAUGAGGUGAUACGGCUACCUCCGUAUCACUGCCAAUAUAAUCCUAUAGAGCUAAUUUGGGCGCAAGUAAAAGGAAAAAUCGCUGAAGAAAAUACGAGCUUUAAAAUYGCGRACGUCGAAAAAUUGGCUCAUGAUGCAUUGGAUUCCGUAACAGUUGACGACUGGAAGAGGUGUGUGACACAUUGCAAUAAACUGCAAGACGAUGAUUACGUCAAAGAGGGCUUACGUGACGAAAUUUUGAAACCAAUUAUCAUGACAAUAAAUCCAAAGAUAGCA